AGCGUUACUCUCUGUCAGCCAAUGGGCCAGGCCGAUGCUGUUGCUGGGCUGCGGCAGUUUACCCUGAGUCGGUUGUUACGGAGACGGGGACUGGCUUCAUGUCGGGCCAGGGCCGAGAGUUAUGGUCAAGCAGACGAUUCAGAUCUACGCCCGGCUCCGGCCCACCAAGAAGCCGAUUGCGCUUUACUCUUUAGCUGAAGAUAGUGGAAAUUCAGUGCUAGAGUUUGUCAUACCACAUGAUGCAGCUGAUGGAUUUAUAAAUAACAAACGGGAAAGCUAUAGAUUUAAAUUCCAGCAAAUUUUUGAUCAAGGAGCAAAACAAGAGGAAAUUUUUGAAAAUAUUGCCAAACCUGUUGCUGAAAAUGUCCUUGCAGGCUAUAAUGGCACAAUUUUUGCUUAUGGGCAGACAGGCAGCGGGAAGACAUUCACUGUCACAGGAGGAGCAGAGCGAUACAGUGACAGGGGCAUCAUUCCCAGGACGCUCUCGUACAUCUUUGGGGAGUUUCAGAAGGACAGCAAUAAAGUCUACACAACUCAUAUUUCCUACUUAGAAAUCUACAAUGAAUGUGGUUAUGAUCUUCUUGAUCCACAUCAUGAUGCCUCCAAACUUGAAGACUUGCCCAAGGUGACUAUCAUGGAAGAUACUGACCAACACAUUCACCUUCGGAAUCUCUCCCUUCACCAAGCGAACAACGAGGAAGAAUCUCUUAACUUGCUUUUCCUCGGAGAUACAAACCGAAUGAUUGCAGAGACACCUAUGAAUCAGGCCUCAACACGAUCCCAUUGCAUUUUUACCAUUCAUGUUUCCAGUCGUGAGCCAGGCUCUGCAACCAUUCGUCGGUCCAAAUUGCACCUGGUGGACUUGGCUGGCUCAGAACGUGUCACAAAGACUGGAGUUGGAGGACUGCUAUUGACAGAGGCUAAAUACAUCAACCUGUCCCUAUCAUACCUGGAACAGGUUAUUAUCGCACUUGCAGAAAAGAAUCGUACGCACAUCCCUUAUCGAAAUUCAAUGAUGACAUCUGUUCUGAGGGACAGCCUGGGAGGAAACUGUAUGACGACAAUGAUUGCAACUUUAUCUGUGGAUAAGAGGAACUUAGAGGAAUCUAUUUCAACAUGCAGAUUUGCACAGAGAGUCGCACUUAUCAAGAAUGAAGCUAUUCUGAAUGAAGAAAUUGAUCCUAGAUUGAUGAUUCUUCGUUUAAAGAAGGAAAUCCAGCAGCUAAAAGAGGAACUGGCCAUGGUCACUGGAGAGACAAGGGCUGACAACCUCUCACCGGAAGAAACACAGAAGUUGGAGGAACAGCUUAAUAUUUUUCUGGAAGACACUGAUCCCGAGGCCACACUUGAAGUUGGAGCUGACAUGAGGAAGAUUCAGCACUGUUUCCAGCGAUUGAAGUGUUUAGUGAAGGACCUGAAGCAGUGUAGACCGGACCUUCAGAUAGAAAAUGGACCCUUAUCCCCAGAUCCACAAGGAGAUGUUAUCAUUAACACAGAGACGAAAUUGCGAGAAAUUUUGCAGCAACGAGACAAUGAAAUAAAUAUUCUUGUUAAUAUGCUAAAGAAAGAGAAGAAGCGGGCACAAGAUGCCAUCAAUCAAAUGAAUUCGGCCAAAUGUGGGAAAAUAACUCCCUCUAGUGGCCAGUCUUCAAAAACUUUAAACUCAAGCCAAGGAUCGAGACAGCUUUCUGAAUCAGGAUUUUCUAGUAACAUGAGCACCUCAGGAUCUGAGACUACCUUCAAUUGCAGGAGAAUGACAGGGGAAAUGUCACUUGGACGUCAGGAGGCUUUUGAGAUCUUCAGAAGAGACUGUGCUGACAGUGUAACCAUUGAAGACAACAAGCAACUUCUGAAGCUGAGAUUCACCGAAGCAAAAGCACUUGGAGAGAAAGUGAAUCAGUCCAGGAAUAAGAUUAAUCAACUAAAAGGUCAUUUAGAACAGAGGAGAAUGCAAAGGGCAGCUAGUAGUGUGACCAGUGAGCCAGCAGAUGUCACUGAUCCAGACCACUUAGAAAAUGAACUUCGAGAGAAAAUAGAGGAAGAGAAAAAGAGCUAUAAAAUGACUUUCAAUCGGCUGAAAGCACUGAAGACAGAGAUCGAGCAUUUACAGCAUCUCUUAGAAAAGUCCAAGAUGAUGAUGCAAAAGGAUUUUGAAGUCUGGUGGUCUGAAGAGGCAGUGAGACUCCAGGAACAACUGUCUGAGGCCAUCUGUCAGAACACCUGUAAGACACAGUCUGUGACUCCAACAGCUUCCCAGGGGAGCCUGCACCACAGCAGCGGCAUUGAAACAAGUAGUGGCUAUAUGAGUACAGAUUCUGCAACUCAAGACAAUGUCAGGACCUGCAAACUUGCUUCAUCCGACCACAGUUUGCCUUCAAAUCAUGACUCAUCCAUUCCCCUGACUGGUGAUGGUCAGACUGAUGCCGAUAUUCUCGCUUUCGUUCGAGCAAGACAAAACCUGAUGCAGAAGAAAGGUCUGGGAAAUAAGUAAUUCCCUCAGGAGUUGGAGAUUAUGUGUUCAACAGUACUGGAAGGCUCCAGAAUGUUGCAUUCACACUUCAGAAUCAGGAAAGAGCAUGGAAAAUUUGAGCUGUUAUUGAAUGCAUUUGAAAAAGGAAUGGGCUGUGAUUAUUUACUGGAAAACGUUUACUUAUGAUUUAUAAUAUACAGUGCACCAUCACAUCACACAAUGUUAAUAGUCAAAGAGGCACAAAGACCUACAAUAGGACUGACUAUCAACAUAAAUCUCCGUUGUGUAUGCUUCCUCCCGCAACUUAGAGACUUUGGAAAUCCAAGUGCCUUUCCAGACUUGAUUGUAUCCUGUCUGUGGAUCUUUGGUCCUUAAUUUUGUCAUCUUUUUCCUUAUCUGUGCCGUUUUGCAGAUAGUGAGCACUGAUGCUACCAACAGUGGAAAUGGUGCUUGAUACAGUGGCUCAUUUGGUUUUAGUACUGCAGCGGCUACUCAAUGAUAAUCAUUGAAUAUCCCACCGUAGCCUGUGUUGAAAUUGAGUAAAGGAGCCAUAAGAAUAAGGUGCUCAUUCAUAAAUCCAAGUUCAGUGGAAAUAUAUUUGUCCACUGAAUGUUUAGAAUGUAGAAAUCACUACCAUAUUGGAAUAGUUUAGUUGACUGGACAGAUGCAUUGAAAAGGAGAUCUCAGAUAAGUAGAUGAGAGAGGAGUAAGGAUAUGGAGAUAAAGUGAGAUGUUGCAGGCAGAUAAGAGAGUCACAUUGGACAUAAAAAGCAACGUCAGUCUGUGUGGAGAAGUGUUCUGUUUCGGUGCUGAACAGUCUCUGAAAUUCUAUGAAUUCGGCAAAUGCAAUAUAUUGUGGGCUGUUGCAUGAAAUUUUCAGUUUGGUACUAAGAUAACUGGUUCACUAUUACCCUUCAAGACAGGCAUCCUACAACUCCUUCCGUCUGGCCUACAUGAGACUUGAGGUUCUCACCCUACUGCUGUGCCUUAAUGCUCUCAGGGAAACCAGGAUGACUAGUUAAAAACGAUGCCAGUCACCCAUACUCCCAGAAGUAUGUAAGAAACAUGUGAAGUGGCAGCUCUUGUGGACUCUUUAAGCUCACUGGCUCUCAGAUGAGUAGUAUAGACCAAGUUUGAACCACACAUGGUGGUUUAUUCUUAGUCAAGUUAUCUCUGUAUGGCAGGGUACCUACACAUGUGGGACUGUGCAUAUUUUUGAUAUUAAUAGAAUUGGGGCCAAAUAUGAUAACUGUCCAAACCCUGCUUAAAUAUUGAAAGCACACAGCUUAAUAAUGGAUGAGAUACAAGCUACAACUAAGGCCAGAAGAACCAUACUUCAUAAUAUAACAGUGUUAAGGAAACUGGCAAAAUAAUUAGUUCAAGCUGAAGCAUCAUGGUCGACUAAAUUGAGAUUUUUGAUUCUCAGUGUUUGUCACACGUUACCCAGAUUGAUUCUUCAGCAAAUUACAUUUUAGCUCACACUGAUUUUUCUCCCUACAAUACCCACCACUGAUAGAAAUGCUUCUUUCCCUAUGCUGCUGGUGCUGGCUUUGUAAGGCCCUCUCAUUUUUCACUUCCCCUCAGCCGCUAUAAGUCGACUGGAAAGCUCAAGUUUGCCAAGAUUGGAGGGUGGCUGUUGUCUCUGACAUCCACUCCUGACAACCCCAUGUUACUGGCAAAACAUGGCAUCUGAUGACGUCCCACACCUCCAGCCUGUGAUUCUCUUAGAUCCAUCGCAAUCCCUCAAUCAAGUCCAUUCUUGAACUCGUCAUGCUUUUAACACAGCUUCGAGUAUACCCUAUUCUCUUGCUAUAAACUUUAGAGUUUUGACAUCAAGAUUGACGCUGAGUUAUUAAAUUCCUCAACUUCCAUGAUCUUUGCUUUUUUUUGCAAACUUUAGAUUAUAAAAAUCUAAUCUUGAUAUAUUAUACUAAUUACACUUCCUAGAAGCCUCAUCAAAUCUUUGUUUCUCGCAUCUUUUAAACUUGAUCUAUCUUGUCCACUAGUCCAGUGUCAGUUGCUGUCACUGUUUAUGUUGAUAUGCUUCCACCAAAAGAAGAGAAGUAAAGAAAAGAACAGCAAUUUUAUUGAAUACCUAAUAUUGUAGCUAACCUUUAGGAGUUUUGACUGUUCUUUGAAACAGAGAAUAAAUGUCUUUUACGUACUUACAGUAAUCAUAUACUUGAGUAUGAAGACUUCGGGCUUUAUCCUCACCAAGGAAUGAGCACAAAGUAUAAGCUGAUACUUCAGUGUAAAGCUGAGGUAGUACAGAUCCUUUCUAGUGUUGAAGUCCCCUUGAUUUGGAGACUCUUAACUUCAUUUAUAUUGUGUGCAAACUGCAUGGUACCAAACAACCCUUGCAACAGAACUUGCUAAAUUCUGUUCAGGAGGAAUGAUUCGAGUUGCCACUUGCAGAUGGAUCACUAAGGUCACAAUUUAAGACGGGUGUGCUGGCCCAGGACAGCAAGUGAAGGCCAGAAUGCAACUGAGACCUGCACAUUUGUACCUUAGAUCUCACAAAAAUAAUUCAAGGCUUGCUAUUCUCUUCUAUCACCUAUGGAACUGUGCCUGCUCCUACUAGUUCUUCCCUAAAAUGGUGAACAGAGUUCAGUUUAUUCACAGAGCUGCCGUCUUUCCAUUUUGAUCAUAAUCUUAGUGGGGCUAUUGGCACUAUUAUGUUUCUUCUCUGCUUUUAAUCAAGCCUCUUGCGGUUCACUGGCAUCUCUGGCUAGAGCAUCCACCCUAACACACUCAGCUAACCAGUUAGUUUUUCAUGUCCUGGACAAAACCUGUGUUCUGUAGUAGAUAACAGUGGGAGAUAUUUUCACCAAAUAUGAUGAGAGUUCUGUGAUACAAAUAUAACUUUUUUGGAGUUGGAUUUCAUACUAGUGGCAUGUGUGUUUUGAUCUAUUUUUGUGAAAUGGUUUGAAAAUUAAUUAGGUCAGUCUUUCCAGAGCCAUGAUCUUUAAACCAGUAUGUGUAGAUGACUAGAGAAUAGAUGACUGCAAAACUUGCUUGAAUGUUAGUGGUUUUUUUUUAUCUUGUGGGGGUUCAUGACAGGGAAGAGAAAACAUGAAGACCUAAGCGAGAGCAGAAUUAAGGAUGAGCAAGUCUUAUUAAUGUAGUUCAAAGGUUUUUGCGUGUGAUUUGAGGGAGAUCUGACAGAAUUAAAUAUAGUCCCUUCUCAAAAAUAUUGUUCAGUGCAGUUAAGAGCAUAAGGUACAUCAGUGAAAAAGCUUAAACUAAUGAAACUUCAGACCGUGAAUGUUUGGUUAGAAACCUGCAACUUAUUCAAAGCUGAUUCAAAGCGUCUCAGAGAUCCAUUCAGGGAAAAAGACUUGACACAUUGUAGGUUAUGGACGGAGAAGAAGUAGCUAUGUCAAAUCUACAGAUUGUGCAGACAGUUUCUCUGGAAUUUGAUGAACACUAAAGUGAUGUUGUCAGGGAGUAAAUGGAAUUUUGUUUUGCUGUGUGUUUUGAAGAUUCAUCAGACUUGGUUAUAUUUUAGUCAGCUUGUCUUGGGUAAUUUUAUGUCUAUUUCUUUUGUGUAAUAAACUUCUGUUUUACUGUUUAAAACUAAAUCUAUAGCAUGGCAUUGUUUUCAGCUUCCAAGACCACAUGCAUUGAUGCAAAUUUCACCAGAAUGAAGAAUACAAGAAGCACAUAGCUAUCUGCUAUUAUUUUGAGUUUUAAAAUAAAAAUCUCAUGUAUCUUUCAAUUUUUAUUAGCAACCUGGCAAAAGCAGUUACUGGAUAUAAUAUUUGUAUUAGAUAAUACAAUAUCUUGAAUAUGACGCUCCUAUUGAU